UGAGAAGAGAUUUGUAUCAUUAAAUAUACAUACGGCAGCUGAUUAGGUGAAAGCUUCUUCUAUUUCGUCCAGGACCAUUUGAACUAUUUGAAAAACACUUAAAGGCGCCGAACGACAAAAUUGUGACCUUCAUUUAGCCGUAACGAAUGAGAAACUGGCCGUCUUAAUACCUGGUCAUCUGAGUAAGAAUGUCUACAAAGGCUAGACGCCGUCUUAUGAACGAUUUCAAGAAAAUUCAACUUGAUCCCCCUCCUGGUGUAUACGCUGUUCCACUUGAUGACAACAUAAUGAAAUGGCAUGCAAUUAUUUUGGGGCCGGAUGGCACAGCAUUCGCAGACGGUAUAUUUCGGCUAACAAUGGAGUUCACCGAGAACUAUCCUAACGUCCCACCGAUUGUGCGAUUCGUUUCCAAAAUGUUUCAUCCUAAUGUGUAUAGUGAUGGUAGUAUAUGUUUGGAUAUAUUGCAAAACAUGUGGUCUCCGUCAUAUAACAUUGGAGCAAUAUUAACAUCAUUACAAUCACUUUUGGGGGACCCGAACCCCAACUCUCCUGCAAAUACGACAGCAGCAGAAUUAUUUGAAGAAGACAGACGCCAGUAUGAAACACAAGUCCGAGCCAUUGUUGAGGAAUCGUGGCGAAACGAUGAACCUGUUGAUUGA